CACACCCCCAUGUACUUCUUUGUCAAGACCUUGUCCUUCAUAGACCUCUGCUUCAUUUCUACAACAGUACCCAAAUCCAUUGUCAACUCCUGGACCAGUGACAGCUCCAUCUCCUUUCUAGGUUGUGUCUCGCAGCUCUUCCUUGUGAUCUUCUUUGGUGCUUCAAAGUUUUUUGUCCUCACUGCAAUGUCUUAUGACCGCUAUACCGCCAUCUGCUCCCCACUGCGCUAUGAGCUCAUCAUGAACAAAACAGUCUGUGUGUGCAUACUAGCAGCGCCAUGGCUCAGUGGGGGUCUGUUUGGAAUCUUGUUUUCAGCUUCUACCUUCUCCCUGACCUUCUGCGGGUCCAAUGCUGUUCAGCAGUUCUUCUGUGACGUCCCCCCUCUGCUGAAGAUCUCCUGCUCUGAAGUCCACAUUGCCAUUGAUGUGAGUGUGGCUGCUGGAUUCUUCUUAGAUGCUGUAUGUUUCAUUUGCAUCAUUCUCUCCUAUGUCUUAAUCUUCUCAGCCGUGCUGAGGAUGCCGUCCUCCGAGGGCCGAACAAAAGCCUUCUCCACCUGCCUGACCCAUCUCACUGUCAUCAUCAUUUUUCUAUUUACUGCAGCAUUUGCCUAUCUCAAACCACCUUCAGACUCGCCCUCAGCUCUGGAUCUGCUGGUUUCCAUGUUCUACACUGUGGUGCCCCCCACUGUGAACCCCCUUAUCUACAGCCUG